AUGUCGUCAAACCAGGGAAUGAUGCCUAUUGCGGGUGGGGUCCCGAUCGAACUCAAUGUCUACGAUCUUCAGCACCCCGACAACCCGGACGCCGUGCCCGCCAUUAACUGGUAUCUCCACGGCGUCGGCUUGGGGCUUUAUCAUUCGGGCGUCUCCAUUUACGGCACUGACUAUUGCUACGGCGGACACGCCGAUGACGACACAGGCGUCUUUGAAGUCGUCCCGCCGAAGGCCCCCGAUGCGAAGUUUAGGCAGACAGUCUUUGUAGGGAGGACCAGUCUUGACCCGCAGCAGGUGUCAGAGCUUGUCAAGGCCAUGGCCCACGUGUGGAGUGGCAACUCAUGUAACGUAUUAACGCGGGCCGCUGUGGUAGCUCGCUGGGAGGUGGCGAUUAUGAGCAAGUUGCUUCAGGUCGCGCGCGCCUCGGAUACGGGGGAGAACACGCAUUUGGCCAUCAAGAUCAUCAAGAAUAACCCGCUAUCCUCAACUGCCUGCUCGGACGUGAACAUUGCGCACUGCGACCUCAAGCCGGAGAACGUGCUGUUGCGACACCCGCAGCGCAGCGCGAUCAAGGCGGUGGACUUUGACGCAAGCUGUCGCAUCAGCCAGAGCAUGUCUACGUAUGUACAGUCACGUUUCUACCGCGCGCCUGAAGUGAUCCUCGGGAAACUAUACGGGACGCAGGUGGACGUGUGGAGCUUGGGGUGCAUGCUGAUCGAGCUCCACAAGGGGUACCCGCUGUUCGCGGGCAAGGACAAAGCGCAUCAGAUGGCGAUCAUUGCGGAGGGGCUGGGGAUGCCGCUAGAAGAGAUGUUGCUAGCAGGGCCCAAAACGAGCCUGUUAUUCGAGCAGGACAGCGUAACGGGCCGAUGGCGCAUGCGGCCGGAGGCGUGCCCGUCCGGGGAAGCGGUGAUCCCGGGUUCCAAGUCGACCGCCGGUUUCGUGGACAUUGACAUGGGAGCCAGCAACGGGCGGCGGAAACGCGUGAGCGGCGGGCACUUGGACGUGGACUACUCGAUGUUCCUGGGACUAGUGGACAAGAUGCUGCGCUACUCGGGGUAG